AUGAUGCUGUGGUACAACUUUGGCCGGCACUUAAUCUCGCUGGGAGCAUUUCUGGUGAUCGUGAGCUGCGGAGGAGGGGAUCAGCGGAGAGGGACAGAAAGCAGCAGCACAGGUGGCAGCAGCAGCAGCAGUAGUAGCAGUAGCAGUAGCAGCAGUAAUGGAGGAAGUAGUAACAGUAAUUACAGCAACAGGAAAUUUCAUAAGAUCCAGCAUGGCCAGUGCACCUAUACAUUCAUCCUACCUGAGGGAGACGGAGCCAGAGGAGGCGCCUGCAGGGAGGCGAAAGCCGGUAGCCCAGAGCACAACUCUCUCCAGAGAGACGCUCCGCCAACUGAGCCGGAGUUACCCAGCCAGAAGAUCGAGCAGCUCGAGCACAUUAUGGCGAAUUACACCCAGUGGCUACAGAAGAUUGAGAACUACAUCAAAGAGAGCAUGAAGGUGGAGAUGGCUCAAUUGCAGCAGAGCGCCGUCCACAAUCACACUGCAGCCAUGUUGGAAAUGGGAACCAACCUUCUUUCUCAGACGGCUGAACAGACGCGCAAGCUGACUGACGUUGAGACGCAGGUUCUGAAUCAGACAUCGAGGCUCGAGAUCCAGCUGCUGGAAAAUUCUCUUUCCACUAACAAGUUGGAGAAAGAGUUAAUGCUCCAGACCAAUGAGAUCAGCAAGCUGCAUGACAAGAACAGCCUCUUGGAGCAGAAGAUGUUCGAGAUGGAGAUGCGACACAGGGAAGAGCUGGAUACCCUGAAGCAGGAGAAGGGGAGUCUCCAGGUCCUGGUGGGGAGGCAGAGCGGGGUUAUCGGGGAACUAGAAGCCCAACUAAACCGGGCCUCAGGAAAUGGCACGGCCCUGCAGAGACAGCAGCAGGAGAUGAUGGAUACAGUCCAUAACCUGCUCAACCUCUGCAACAAGGAUGGAGUUGUGCCUAAUAGCACAAAGAUUGUUGACGAGGAGAAGAAGUUUCGAGACUGUGCCGACCUCCACAAGGCUGGCUUCCAAAAGAAUGGAGUCUACACCAUCCAGAUCAACCCUCAGGAGACCAAAAAGGUGUAUUGCAACAUGGAGACAGCUGGUGGUGGAUGGACGGUCAUCCAGCGCAGAGAAGACGGCAGUGUGGACUUUCAGAGAACGUGGAAGGAGUACAAGAUGGGCUUUGGGAGCUUGUCUGCAGAGCACUGGUUGGGGAACGAGUAUGUUUAUCAGUUGACCCGCCAGAGGCAGUAUGCCCUCCGCGUCGAAGUGACGGAUUGGGAGACGGACGGAAACCAGGCCUUCUCACUAUACGACCGUUUCCAAAUCGGCAGUGAGAAACAAAACUACAGGCUGUUCCUGAAAAGCCACAGUGGGACGGCAGGCAGACAGAGCAGCCUCGUGAUCAACGGAGCAGACUUCAGCACCAAGGACAUGGACAAUGACAACUGCAUGUGCAAGUGUGCUCUCAUGCUCACUGGUGGUUGGUGGUUUGAUGCCUGCGGCCCGUCCAACCUUAACGGCAUGUACUUCACCCAAGGGCAACACAUAGGGAAGUUGAACGGUAUCAAGUGGCACUACUUCAAGGGCCCCAGCUACUCGCUACGAGCCACGGCCAUGAUGAUCCGCCCCCUGGACUUCUCCUAGUCUUCUGAACUUUGACCGUCCAAACGGCUAUGUAUAACAUUACAGGGACGCUUCCUAUUUUAUCCUCUAGUCUCAUCUCAUUUCGCUGGCUGUGGGAGUCAUCCAAUAAAUCUUUUUUUUAUUCAACCUGGUCCAUCCCCAGAGCAGUGGUGAUGGCUGUGCUGCUGUUGCUUGCUCACCUUUCCCCUCAAUGAACUGGAAGUCAGCCACGAGGAGGAAGUAAUGCAUGGUUCACCUGAACUGAUCUCUGUUCCACACAGAUUCACAAACUUGACAAAAAUAGGUGGGUUAUCUCACAUGAAAUGUGUGCACAUUUUGAGCACAAUGCAUGGUGUCAAACUAAAUAUUUUUGCAUUUUUCGUUUUGGACCUGCGGCUGUAAUAAUAAUAAUGAGGACUGGAACUCUUCUGAAUGAAAAGCAGCGCUGAAACUGCAGGGCAGAACUUAUCUGGACGAGAGAUAUUGCUUUUAAAAUAAUUUUGCUCACAGAGCCCAUAAAUGUUACCCUUGUAUUAUAUAUUGUGUUUUUUAGUAUAUUUGUUAUCCCAACUUUAGACGGCAUAUAAAGGGAGAUGAAAUUGUAUUUUGUACUGUACAGUGUAUUCUGAAUUUCUAUCUUUAUUGUGGAUAAAACACUUAGUGUUUAAGGUGACAUUGAACUUCAAGUAAUGACUUUUUAAUAGUUACCAAUGUCACAGUAUUUGCUGGCAAUUACACACGAGCUGUCUCGACACAGUGUGAUGAUUUGUAGAGUUCAAUAUGCUGGGGUUGUUAUUGGACUGCGAUCUAUUUGCCUUUUUUAUUGGCCGAGAAACUAUGAAUACCUGCCAACAUUCAGAUUAUGAACGAUCACCUUACUUCUGCUGAAUAUGAAAAACAAGGUCAUUAAUACAGAUGCACAUUAUUAGUGAUGUAUAACAAUUAUAGCUGUGUGCCGAUGGAGAGGGGAGAGAAUGCAUGAACAACAUUUAAUACACAGAAUACUCCUGAGUGUAAUGAUGAAGUAUCACGUCAUUAUCCCUCUAUAUUUACAACGAUGUAAGUGCUUAUAUUAAGCUGGUGUCCCACAUGUACAGAGUGCUAAAGAUAGAGGUGGAAGUUCAUAUUAAUCAAUCUUAUUUCUAACGUCAUGAAACAUUAACAUUAUAAAGGCUGCUCCUAACCUCUCACCUUAAGACAAAGAGCAGAUCUUUAACACAAGUCGCAUCCAAGAAGUUUCUCACAGACAUCCACAUGACACAGCCUCAGCCAGUUUCUGUUUCUCAUCAAAGCAGCUUUGGAGAAAAACAAAAGCAGCUGUUAUAGGAUGUGAAGCAUGAAAUUAAUGAUUCCAACAAGUAGUUUGAACACAUAUCUCAUAACUUCAGCUUCAGAAUCUACUGUGGAAUAUUUACUAAAGGUACAUGUGGCGAGGACAGAGUUUAUCUGGAACUUGUAAAGCCACAAUUGACAUGUUUAUUAGCAUAACAAUUGCAUAAUUUAAUGUGUGUGUGUACGCAAAGCAGCUUUCCUGAGGAAGGCUAUUAUUUUUUUCUGUUUAUCUGCCAGUAGUACAAUGGUGUUUUGAAGUUGAGCAUAACACAUAGACACUAGGAUAAUAACCCUGGAGAAAUGUGCCUUUGAUAACUCUGCUUUUACCUCAUCGAAUUCCAGAUUUGCAGAUUUAUUUAAACAUCUUUUGUAACAUGUGGAAAGUUUUGUGUUGCUAGAUUAAAUAAAAGAGAAAAUAUUUUCAUAA